CUGGACACUUGUUCCACUUUCGUGCCCAGUUUAAAAAGCUCCGUUUCUACGCCGGAGAGACCCUCGCCUCAGCUCUGCGUUGAGACGUGUAGCGGGAAGCAAACUUUUCUCAGCGUUCCUAGUCGUGACUGUUACGGGCGCUCAGUGAGUCAGCCCAGCAGUCCGGACGUAUGGAGUACAGUCAUCACUGGCAGUCCGUUUGGGCCGGCUCGACCAUGCGUGAAGCCGGGCUGCACAGACAGCGACUCGGAGGACGACAGCGCGGCACCCGGCAGUGAACGAUGAUAGAUUUAUGUAUUUUUAUGCUCCCUCUACCUUAUUUCUAAAGAAGACAUGUUUUUGUACAGAGAAGUGAAGAGGGCAGAGUAACGUCUGAUUAGAUGAUCCAAAUAUAAAUGCCCAAAUAACCAGGCAAUUCUGUAUUGCCCACCCAAAUAGCAAUAUUUAAUUCAUGAAAGGAAUAUUGCAGCAGUGCUCUCGUUGCAUAAACUAAAUGGAACGAAAUAUAUGCAUCUGGACAUGUCAAGGACAAAAUAAACAAAUAGUCUGCGUAAUGUGCAAGCCUCGCGGUUUUUGCUGCUGAAUUCCCGCGUGAGUUGGCGGAUUCCGGACAACGAAGAGGGGGAAAUGGAGAAAUGAGGUCUGAAAAGGAGCCGAGGACAGGAAGCAGGGAGAGAGGCAGCGUCGAGAUCCAGUUCAGGGAGUGUCCGAGGGAGCAGGACAACGUCGCAGUGAACCCGAAGCACAAGGAGGAGAAAAAAGAGAUUUUCACCAAGGUUGUCAUACGCCGCCUGCCACCUAGUCUAUCAAAAGACCAGCUCGAGGAUCAUCUGAGUCCUCUUCCAUCUUUUGACUAUUUUGAGUUCUUCCCCGCUGAUCAGAGCUUAUACCCACAUCUCUUCUCCAGAGCAUACAUCAACUUCAAAAACCAAGAGGAUAUUAUUAUUUUCAGGGAUCGUUUUGAUGGCUACGUAUUCAUUGACAAUAAAGGUCAAGAGUAUCCAGCUGUUGUAGAAUUUGCCCCAUUUCAGAAAGUCUCCAAGAAAAAGUUAAAGAAGAAAGAUGCUAAAGCAGGAACCAUUGAAGAAGAUCCAGAAUACAGACGAUUUCUGGAAAACUACUCUUGUGAUGAGGAGAAAUCAAUGGCCAACCCAGAAACACUAUUGGGAGAGAUUGAAGCUAAAACACGAGAACUUGUAGCCAAAAGGACGACACCCUUACUGGAAUAUAUUAAAAACAAGAAGUUAGAGAAACAGAGAAUAAGAGAAGAAAAGAGAGAGGAAAGGCGAAGGAGAGAACUGGAAAAGAAGAGACAGAGGGAGGAGGAGAAGAGGAAGCGCAGAGAGGAGGAGAGACGAAAGCGAAAGGAGGCCGAAAAGCUGAAGAAGCUUUCUGAAAAAGAGAUAAAGAUCAAGCUUUUGAAGAAGUGUGACCGAGACGAUGACGUGGACUCAGACAGACUGAAAGAUAAAGGAGACUGCGGAGGGACAGAAAAAAACAGAUGGGAAAAAACGGCAGGAAAUAAUAAGCCAAAAGAGACUAAGGACAAUAGGGGCCAAAUUGAGAGUGACAAGGACCAGCGAGAAGGUCAUGGCCGUCGCCAGAGGGACAAAGAGCAUCGCGGCAGAGACGAGGAGCGUAAACGCCAGAGGCAUCAUUUGGAGUUUGAUAAGUUUAUGCGACGCAAGGAGGAAACCAAAUGGGGUAAAGGCUACUGCCAGGACAGGGCCAAGAAAGACCAACAUCAUGGCUAUUCCUACUGUCCAGAGACAGGAGACAAACUGGGAAAAGAGGACAGAGAUGACAUGGCUAGGAGGAAAGAACGGAUUCGUAAUAAGUCUGUGUUAGUGCAUCAGGAGAAAAGGACUUCCCAGUCUGAGGGGCCAGACCAGAUAGGAGGGGCUCUGCCAGCAAAGGACCGACCAGCAAUGCAGCUGUACCAACCUGGUGCACGAAACCGCAAGCGCAUGGGCUCCGGGAACAAUAACUUUGACUUUCCACCCAUUUCUCCUGAGCACGGAGGAAAGCAAUGCUACAAGACGAUCAUAGGGACAGGAUCUGAGAAUAGUGCAGAUGAGUGAAAGUAGACCACAGCAGGAAGACAUCUGCUUAAUAGAAGUCUACUUGUAGAAGCAAGAGUCAUGCCAGUACAGGAUGAACACUCAACUUCAACCUUAUUUUCUGUUGUUUCUGUUUGAUGUGUGAGUAUAGUGCAUACAAUCCCCCACUUAAUCUUUUAAACAUAGAGUUUUCCGUAUGUACAUGUAAUUAUUAAAUCAUUAUCUUUAUGGUUACCAAAAUAACUGAUUCAUACUUCAUAAUCAUUUAAUUGAGAAAAAUACCUAAUCAUUUACACAGAUCAAGAUUUGUAUGCCUUUUACCGUGCAAGAAAUAGAUUCCUUUAGACAAGAGAUUUUAGAUAAUGUAGAUUUUAAUGUAAAUAAAAUCAAAAUGUGUUUUAAUUUAAAUAUGUAAAAUGUAUCUUUUGGUUGACUCUGUUUUAUCGUGAUGAAAGCGACAGGAAGUGGUAAAGGGGAGGGGUAGAGACAUAUUUUCCUAUAAGAGUAAAACAAUCAGUGCAAGAGUGCUACAUUGCAUUAAUUAAGCAUUUAAGCAUGUAACUCAUAAUUUUCACACUGUAAUGCCUUUGAAUGAUGCCUAUAUUGUCCCUGAUGUACAGACCUCAUGGCUUUUGGUGUAUUUAUGAGUAUAUAGGUUUCAAACAGCUAACUUUAGAGUAUUUUUUUUUCACCUGCGAGCCAAGAAGAACAAAAAUGUUUAAAGGGUAUGAAGUCUUCUGUUAGGUCACAUGCUAUUUGGUGAUAAUUCUAUACAGUGUGCAUGUUUUAAGAAACGAAUGCAGUCAUUCAGGGGUGGGAAACUACAUGGGGUCACAUGCCUUACCAUUGUUUUGCUUUUGAAGAUCCCUUCCAUUAUUAAAUAAAGAAUUGAAAGUUUUUAGAAUUAUUGUUUAGUAAAGACCAGCAAUAAAGGUAAUUCUGUAGAAAACUUCAAAGCUGUUAUACUGUAUUUGAUGGAUUGACUAAUUUAGUACAAUAAAGA